CCCUGGUUAAACAGCUGUGAAAAAACAGACACAAAAAACAGACACAUCGACGACGACGAAUUUACGAAUUAGUUAAUUUUAUAAUUGUGCACACAAUGCUCGAGAACUGCCAGAGGCAUCACAUGGUCCUGGGCCUUGGCGCCCUCACCCUCGUCACCAUUUUAGUGCUGAUUGUGGAAUCCCGAUACGCUGCGGAGGGCAGCGUGGCACGACGUCGUAACCAGCAGUUUGUGAUUGAGAAUAAUUCGACGUGCUGGAAACACGAGCCCUACACCGUGGUCCAGGAGUGUCAUCCGUGCUCAGACUUCGACAUCGUCAGCCGCAGUUUGGGCGUAUGCAUACACACACACUACAAGGAGGUGUUGCGCUGUCAGAGUGGCGAAAUUGUGACGAAGAGCUGUGAUCGUGUGGCGUUAAUCGAGCAGCGCAACUUCCUCAAGUUCGAGCUGUUUACCUUUGUGAUGGGCGUAAUCACAUAUUUGGCAAGCUAUGCUCGAGAUCGAGUGCUCUCCCGCCGCAAUUAUAUGCGCAUCGAACGCCAGUUGAAUCGGGUGCAGUAA